CCAUACUAGUAAAACUAUAACUCAUCGCCAAGAAAUGUUUUAGGGAAAGCUACCCCAAGCACUGAUCCUGGGACUCAAUAGGAAACUAUUUUCUGUUAUCUGGUCGGUUGAUAUUACAAGUAUAUUACUAGUAUAAAUAGUUACCCAGGAGCAGGGACAUGUUGGUACACUCUGGGAUCCCACCACUGAGGGUUCACAUGUGGGAAAGUAGCUGUAAAUGUAUUUUAUUUAUAUUCACCAGUGAACCUGCCUCCUCUGAAAAACAGACAAGCCCAAGGCUGCCUUUUGGGAAUCUCUGGCCACUACUUUUAGAACUGCAGAAGGUGAGGGACAUCGAAGGCAAAGAUGGAUCCCGUACUACACCUCACACUGAUUCUGUGCUGGGCUGGGAUCAUUCAAGCUAUUGAUUCAGAAGUCUGUGGAGAACGUCCAUUAGUAGAUACACCUGGAUCUCGAAUUGUGGGUGGCCAAGAUGCACUUCCAGGAGCCUGGCCGUGGCAGGUUAGCCUUCAGUAUUUCAGGACGUAUUCUGGCUACAGUCACAGAUGUGGCGGCUCACUUAUUCAAAAUAAGUGGGUGCUAACUGCAGCCCAUUGCUUUCGUGAGAACCAAAAUCCUGAACAUUGGAGAGUUGUUCUGGGCCUUCAUAAUAUAUUAAUGGAAGGCAGUACCGUUGUGAAGGCCAGAAUCAAAAAGAUAAUCAUCCAUGCAAGCUAUGAUCAUGCAGCUAUAAGAAAUGAUAUUGCUCUACUGCUUCUGCAUGACAUUGUAGGGUAUAACGACUAUAUCCAUCCAGUUUGCUUGGGCAGUGGAACAAUACAAGAUGCAGACACCCCCUGCUUUAUAACUGGAUGGGGAGCCACAAAAGAAAAAGGCUCAAUAUCAGUGAUUUUACAAGAAGCACAAGUACAUACCAUUGCUUAUUCUGUGUGUAACUCGACCUCGGCAUAUAAUGGAUUCAUCACUCACAGUAUGAUUUGUGCUGGAGAUGAGAGUGGAGCUGUUGAUUCAUGCCAGGGGGAUAGCGGAGGACCCUUUGUUUGUUAUAAUGCAGAAAAGAAGAGAUUUUACCAAACGGGCAUAACUAGCUUUGGAUAUGGCUGUGGGAAGGCGAAUUUCCCUGGAGUAUACACUAAAGUGGAGAGCUACGUGAGCUGGAUAAAGGCCCGUAUAGCAUCUGAAGAGACAAGCAACACAGAAGGGAGCAGUGAACGCCUAAACAAUGCCACAGAGAGAAACACAAGUGUUGUGCACCUGAUUGUUACGUUCAUAUGGCUAGUGGGCAUUGCCUUCCUGCUCUACUAGCC